AUGAUAAAAAAUGUACUAGGUGGGUGUAAGCAUUCCAUAGCACUCUUGAUGAGGCUUCACAGAAGGAGUGAAGAAGCUUCUCCAACUGAAGUUGCUUGUUACUGGGCAAAGAGUAAACUUUCCAAAGUUGAAACUUCAGUUAUAUACCUAACUUUGAAGGAUUUGGGAGCACAAGAAGAACUGAGCUCAGAUGAAGAAAGCUCACUUUUUUUACAGGAAGUUGUGAACCAAGGACUAGGACAUAAUGUUGAGAAACAACUGAAAACGAUUCCACGUGGAAUUUGUACUGAUGGUUAUUUCCAAUGCGCAAAUGAUACACUAUGCGUCCCUCAAAGUCAAAAUUGUGAUGGUGUAGCAGAUUGUCCAAAUGGUAGCGACGAAGAAGACUGUGAUGAUGAGCAUGAUGAUGAAUACUGGGAUCACUUGUACAGAAAAAAUCCUGCAGCAGAACACGAUGACUGGAACAAUAAAACGUGUUCUUUUUCAUAUAAUGGACCUUGCAAAUGUCGAAAAGAAGAUUUGCUUUGUAAGUACCAGAACUAUGACAAAGCUCCGGCCGAUCUACCAGCAGCUGAUAUAAAUAUUUUGGAUUUUACUGGAAAUAAUUUUAAAAAUUUGACCGUUGAUUCUUUAAAACAUGUUCCAGAUACAGUGGAAAAAUUGUAA